GAUUCCUUAUAGACCGGAAGCUGGGAACUUAGUUCUCUUUCCCAUCUUGCAAGAUGGCGGGUGAAAAGCCUGAGAAGCCGGAUACCAAGGAGAAGAAGCCUGAAGCCAAGAAAGCAGCUGCCAGUGACAGAGCUAAGAAGGGUAGCCCCAAGGGCAGAAAGCCCAAGAAAGGGAAGCCCCACUGCAGCCGGAAUCCGGUCCUGGUCAGAGGCAUUGGCCGAUACUCCCGGUCGGCCAUGUACUCCAGAAAGGCCAUGUACAAGAGGAAGUACUCCGCCGCUAAGUCCAGGGUUGAAAAGAAGAAGAAGGAGAAGGUUCUUGCUACUGUCACAAAACCAGUUGGUGGUGACAAGAAUGGUGGUACCCGAGUGGUUAAACUUCGCAAAAUGCCCAGGUAUUACCCUACUGAGGACGUGCCUCGGAAGCUGUUGAGCCAUGGCAAAAAACCCUUCAGUCAGCAUGUGAGGAGACUGCGGGCCAGCAUCACGCCUGGCACCGUUCUCAUCAUCCUCACCGGACGCCACAGAGGCAAGAGAGUGGUUUUCCUGAAGCAGCUGGACAGUGGCUUGCUACUUGUGACUGGACCCCUGUCUCUCAACCGAGUUCCUCUGCGUAGAACACACCAGAAAUUUGUCAUCGCCACCUCCACCAAAGUUGACAUCAGCGGCGUGAAGAUCCCCAAGCAUCUCACGGACACAUACUUCAAGAAGAAGCAGCUGCGGAAGCCCAGACACCAGGAAGGCGAGAUUUUCGACACAGAGAAGGAGAAAUACGAGAUCACAGAGCAGCGCAAGGUUGACCAGAAAGCUGUGGACUCACAAAUUUUGCCCAAAAUCAAAGCCAUCCCCCAGCUCCAAGGCUACCUGCGUUCUCUGUUUGCACUCACCAAUGGGAUUUACCCUCACAAAUUGGUGUUCUAGGUCUCUUGCAAAGAAUCUAAUUAAAUAACU